AUGAAUGAACCCGGGGCUGGUUCAGGCGCCCGCACAUCCCCCGAUGUGGAACAACAUUGCGACCAUAUCAAGAGCCCACGAUAUGAGUACUACAAACACGAGCAGGAAGAUCUACGCUCAAUAGCAAAGGAGGACAAGACAGACGAAAAACACCAUUAUUCUCCUCUCUUGCCAAGGGGGGAAUCCAGCGACCUCACGCGCGCAUACAAGCAUCAUCGGAAUCAGAUAGCAAACCGCCCACUGAGGGAAACAGGACUGCACAGGCCGAAGAGACCUGCAAAUGGAUCUCGACCAUCUCGUCCAGAGUCGCGGAGCUCUAACGUAUCAAAGCAGAGGUCCAGGUGCGGGUCGCUUGCAUCAAGUCCAAUGCUACGGCAGCGGAGGGUGGCUAUCAACCACGAGUUCACGACCGGCAUGGCUGGGAUCAUCAAUCAAUUCACACAACAGCAACACGAAGCACUUGAAGAGCAGAAGGUGAGAUAUCACAAGUAUAUCAGACGGCUCAGACAGGAACUUGCCGAACAAUCCACGCACGUUGCUCGGCAAACAUCCCAAAUUGAUGCCCAGGCCAAAGACCUCGAGGAUCUUCAUAUGUCCAAGCAGGAUCUUAUGAAGCAACUGAAAGACAUCGAAGCCAAGUUGCGGGCUUCUGAGGACCGGGCUCGAAGACUCGAGGAGAAGUACCGCACCUGCAAGACGCAUCUCAAUUCUGCAAUCCAAGAGCAGCAGGACCUCUACACUCGCUCAAAGAAGCACUGGGGCGAGGCAAUCGAGCAAAUUGACGCUCUGACACGGCAAGCUGAGGAGAAAGAAUCCGAGCUCCAGAAAGAACGCGAUUCUGUUCGUGCCCUAUCCCAGAAACUGCGGGACCUUCAAGCUACUUCGAACAACUUCGAAGCACUUGCUGCUCAGGGUACGGAGAUUCUAGCCAAGCUCGGCCAGCAGCAGGAAAAGGCAGAAGAGCAGCAUGAAAGUUCGGCAAAGACAAUCAGGGACAGGCAAGUAUUUCUUGAAUAUGGACUUGACCUCGUUACCAAUCGUCUGGAGGCGCUCUGCAGCAUCGCUUCGAGACAACCUGACGUUUUGGCCAGCAUUCGACAAGCCCAGCAUGAAUCUUUGAACGGCGUCGCGAAUAAGCUUGACAAGAUCCUAGAGUCUCGAGAUGCGGCAAGAGAUGCCACAGGCCAGUUGUCGACCAGUCUCGAGGCCCACAUGGAAAAGAUCUGGGAGCGGCUGGAUCACCAACUCGAGUCAUUGAGUAAACAGCUGGCGGAGAAAGCGGAAGAAAAUGGAAUGCUGUCGACACUGUACAGAAGAAAGGAGGCCGAAUGCGAGGAACACAGCAAGGAGCUCGCAGCCCUGAGGGAGACUACGGAAAAGCAAGCGCAACAAAUCCAUGAGCUUGACGCAAACCUCUUUGCCAUGGAUGCAGCGCAGGAUGAGAACGAGGACAAGAUUCGACGCCUGGAACGGUCGGGGGCUGAAACAAGCAAACUCAGAGAAGAACUUGAGUCUAAAGCGGCAGCGAUGGCCGAUUUGCAGAGGACACUCGACGCUAAGGAGAGAUCAUUUGCUUCCGAACUGCAGAAGUACGCUUCUAGCCUCCAGAAGCUUGCUCUGACAGUCCAGGAGAAGGAUCAGUCUCUGGGUGUCGCAACUCAACAGGCUGCGGAGACAGCCCGCCGCGAAGCUCGGAUUGAUAUGGAGAGAGCCAACGCUCAGGCUGAGAAGCUUCUCCGCGAAACACAGCAGCAACGCGAUUCGCUGGCCGUUGAGCUACAAAGUCUCAAGCAAAAGCUUCAGGAAAAGGAGUGCAACGAGUCCCGAGCUGCCUUCACCAUAUGUUCCCUGCAGGAAACCCUUUCCAAGGCAGAAGCAAAGGAACGGAUGAUUGCGCAAGACUUGGAGCAACGUUCAGCUAACCUAGAGGGACUAGAGAUAAGAUUGACAUCUAGAGUCACAGACCUAGAAGCGCAACUCAGGGCCGCCCAGGCUCGAACCGCUGAGUUGGAGGGGCAGAACCGACUUCAGCAUACACGAUUUGAAGCGCUCAUUUCCGGCCUCAAACAUUGGGCGUCCCAAGAAGCUCUCAAUACUGACGCCCUGGACUCCCUCGGAGCUUGCGACAGAAGCGAGGAGGAGAUCAGGGCAGAGGUGAUACGUGCCCUGGAACAGCUGUCUUUCUCUCCAAAAUUGCAAAGCGAAAUCCCGGGAGAGCACCUGAAUCUGCUGCUGCGCGAGAAAAACUCAGAGUCCUUUCUGAACGAGGAUAUCCAGGGCCCGCGGGUUGAUCUAAAGAGCCAGAGCAAAGCUGGUGAGUCGGCGGAGGACGCCGCCGGCAGAGUGCUAGUUAAGCAUACGGUGACGGACGAGAAUGCCGCGGAGGGUACGUCUGCUGAGAAUGACCCGCUCCCAUACGCAUCGACACUACAUCACGUGAGACGUGUUAUCGUUCGCAGCCCAGCAAGUGUUCCGAAUGAACCAAUUCCCCCCUCGAUCGACCAGGAGAAGGUCCGGAGGAGAGGGGCUUUGCAGCCAAGGUCUAUCAUGAAGCGUGCCACCAGAAGCGCAUCCAGAGAACUGGACACUGUUACGGGGCCCGGAGUGUUCAAACGAAAACACGACGAGUACUUCACGGAAGGGACCACCCCCGAUCACCCAGGACGCGAGCAGAUGAAGACUGAGGCCGUUCCGGUUUGGGAUGCUGAGCCCACUGAAAGCGCAUCGGCAGAGGCAAGGCGACGUAGCAGACGGAGACGGCCAGAAACUGCAACAUCCAAUGGAUCUAUUGGACACUCGCACAGCUUGAAGCAAGCGGAAGGAGGAGGAUUACCCGGAUCGGGUGAAGAACCGACGGCAAACCGUCAGCUCCAAGUUCCGCUGCAGCAUGGAGGCGAGGAGGGUUACCAUCAGCAGCGCCACACUUUCGCCAACGGCUCCCAGAACAUCGAGGCCAGAACGACUCGCAGUUCUAGGGGAAAUCCAGCCGUUGGACCACCGGGCUCGCAUAGGACCUCCUCGGCCAACACAGGCCGAGCUCUGGCCACAAGACCGGCGAAUGUACGGACAUAUGGCACAAGGAAGGCGGAGAGAGGCCUUGUGACUGCUGCUGGAAAACCCGAUCCCCAAGGUGCAUUGCGGUCACAGUCACCAUCGCAAUCUAGGUACUGGCCACGGCGGAAGGAAGAGUCCCAGGACACAAUCACUUUCUCUCAGGGUGUUAAUGCCGAUGAGAACCUGCUUCUUUCCCUCCGGGAUUGA